UGCAGCAUACCAGGCCACUGUUGCCUACAUGCGCUCAGUAGCAGCGCUCUCGACAGGAGCGCUCCGGAGAAAAGCGCGCGCAUCGACGCUCUCUGCAGCUUCAUCACCACACCGAAUGGAUUCUCUCGGUUUCUCUCGGUUUCACUCUGUUUUCUCAGUUUAUCUGCGCCAUCUCGUUGGACACAACCAUUUGAUCGCAAGGGAUUACGAAUUUCUGUUCUAAACUUCUGGAAAGGGACACGUUGACACGUCGAUCUAUCAGACGUUAGUUUAGCUUUUAACAACCCCAUCAUCGACGUUUAUAAACUCAAUGUGUUGUGGACGCUCGGUGAAGAGUACGUAAGAUUAAAUUGGAGGAGGGGUCGGACUUUUCCUGCACCGACCAAAGUUGUGUCUCAAGAUUUCGUGGUGGAUGCGUGACUUUCAGGUAUUACUCCAUCGUUCCGUCUCCAUUGGCAACCCCUCAAAGAUGGAGAUGAACUGAGACGAGGAGAACUCGAUGUGGUUAGGACGGAAGGAGUCGGACCUCAACCAUGAUUUUAUGUAGUAUUUCGUCACCCUUACUUUUUGUUUUAUAAAAGCCCAUCAAGCCAUGGGGUGAAAGUGGCGAUGGUGGACUGCAGGGACAGUCAACGUGGGUGGAUGGGCUACAGCAUCUUCUGUGUUAUGUAAUGUUGAACGAUGCCUAGAUCAGACCGAUAAACACCUGUCUCCCCUUCCCUUCCCCGCCGUCCUGGAUUGCGAAUCGUUUUGUGUUCGUUUAGCCAAAAAUACUGAUCAAUGUUUACUUUGAGUAUGUCGAAAGUACAAUUUUAAAGACAACCUAGUCACAAGUUGAAACGCAGCGCUAUACAUAGAAAUGUAUUUUUAAAAAGUCAGUGCUGAAAAGUAUAAGUGUGGAAGUGAUUGCUUUGUCACCAGUUGCUUUAGUCAUCAUCUGCCGAGUAUACCUAUUUUUUACUCUUUGAUUGAUGACCAAUCAGCUAUUGUUCCAUUUUCUUUUCUUCCUUUGAUGAAUCACCGUGAAACAAGAUGUCUCAAACUCUCGUCCACUAUUCCGAUUUGUCACGGUCUUCAAUGAUGUUCACAAUGACUCGUAAAACUCGACUUGCAAACGUGACCGCCAGUCAUUUCUUAAGCUCCUCUUUGAGAUUUCAACGAUGCUCUUGGCAUUGCAACAUUCCAGAUACUGAACAGCAAUAAUCAGCCGAUACAUUGCAGUGACAUUAAGGGACAUUAUGUAAUCGCUCCAAAUCUCUCUUCAUCUUUAUUUGUGUGACUUUGUGUCUCUGAACUUCAGAAGCCCAUAGUUUCCUCCCGCGCCCCCAUCCAUCCGUCCCUCCCCCCCCUACUCACCGGGGCUGGUGGGGGGGGUGGAUUGGGCCCUCACGGGUCAGAACCUCCUCGCCCCCCGGGCCAUCCCCUCAACGACAUGGAGGCCAGUCCCGAGAGCCCCAACCGGGCGGUGGAGUACCUCCUGGAGCUCAACAACAUCAUCGAGAACCAGGCCAAGCUCCUGGAGACCCAGCGCCGCCGCAUAGAGGAGCUGGAGGGCCAGCUGGACCGGGUCACCCAGGAGAACCAGGACCUGCGUCUGGAGCGCAAGCCCAUCGCCCCGCCCCGGACCCCCGCCGCGCCCGACGCCCCCGAGCAGAACCACAAGCCGGCCGACAAGCCCCUGACCCUGCCCCUGCACCCGGGCGCCAAGGGCGGCGGCGGCGUCGCUAGCACGCCGGGAAUCCCGGCAGCUCCACCCCUUCCUCCGCCUCCAGCGGCGCCAGCGCCCCCGGCGGUGCCCGGGGCCGGACGGGAGCGCCGGACGCACACCCGCCUGACCCGGGGGCUGUCCCGCAGCUCCUCCACCACCGAGCGGGCGGGCCUGGAGCGCACCGACAGCACCGACACCAACGCCAGCGGCACCAUACGCAGAAAUGUGGAAGUGGACUCCCGGUGCCCGGACACGGGCUCCCACACGGACGGCUCAUACAUCCAGACCUCCUCCUACCAGCGGGGCCCCGAGCUCUACACUGACAGCGUCGGCCCUCUGGGACCCAGGGGCCCUCCUGGUGUGUCGGGCCCCGGCUCCGUGGGCUUGGCCUGGGCGCUGCGCACGCGCCACCAGCCCGCCAGCCUAGCCCUGCGCAAACAAGAGGAGGAGGAGAACAAGCGAUGCAAGGCCCUGGAUAGUUAUGAGCUCUCGACAGACCUGCAGGACAAGAAGGUGGAGAUGUUGGAGAGAAAGUACGGCGGCUCCUUCGUAAGCCGCAGAGCAGCCAAGACCAUCCAGACGGCCUUCCGGCAGUACCGCAUGAACAAGAACUUUGAGCGUCUCCGCAGCUCAGCCUCGGAGAGCCGCAUGACCCGGCGCAUCAUCCUGUCCAACAUGCGGCUGCAGUACUCCUUCGACGAGCGGCAGCCGCAGCAGCAGGCCCAGACGCAGACCAACUUCACCCACAGCGUCGCCAUUGGCCCCCCGCACUCUCCGGAUGUGGACCGCCCCGCAAACUACACACACUUAGAGGACUCCUUCUCCAAGCAGGUGAAGUCCUUGGCCGACUCCAUAGACGACGCCCUGAGCUGCCGCACCGCGGGCCGCGACGACUCCCAGGAGGGGAGCCGGGAGGGCGGGGACUUCGGGGAGUGCGUGUGGAGCAGCAGCAGCAACCCGUCCUCCCAGAGGGGCCUGGGGGAGCGGGCCCGGGCCAGCAUGCACGGGGACAGCACCGCCACCUCCUACAGCGACGUCACCCUCUACAUGGACGACUGCAUGCCCUCCUCGCCGCUGUCCCUGGACCGGGCCCCCAGCAGCACCGACACCGAGUACUGGGGCCCCGGCGGCGGCGUGGCCGUGCGCGAAGACAGCCGCGACACUGAGGGGGGGGGCAGCAGCAACAGCCGCCGCAGCACGCCGUGCACCGAGUGCCGGGACUACCGGCUGAGGGGCGCCCACCUGCCCCUGCUCACCAUCGAGCCCCCCAGCGACAGCUCGGUGGACAUGAGCGACCGCUCCGACCGCGGCUCCCUCAGCCGCCAGCUGGUGUACGAGCAGGAGCCGGGGGCGGCCACCGGCUCCCCCCAGGGCACCCUCAAGCACGCGCCCAACAUGGCGACCCGGCCCGCCUCCACCGCCACCGCCCAGGGCCAGACGCGCGCCGUGGGCCGGCCCCUGCCCACGCACAUCCCCCAGCACGUGGCCCUCCACCACCACCAGCACCACCAGCAGCAGCAGCAGCAGCAGCAGCAGCACCCCAUCCACCACCAGCACCAGUACCCGGACACGCAGUCCUCCUCCUCCUCGCCGCAGCAGCCCCCCACCACGCCGCUGUCCUCCUCCUCCUCCCCGGCGCUGCCCCCCGGGGUGCUGGAGCAGCCCUGCUGCUCCGACGGCGACAACGACUCGCUCAACUCCACCACCAACUCCAACGAGACGGUGAACUGCAGCUCGGGCUCCUCGUCGCAGGACAGCCUGCGGGAGCCGAUGCCCCCGCUGGGCAAGCAGACCUACCAGAGGGAGAGCCGCCACAGCUGGGACUCGCCGCCGUUCAACAACGACGUGGUGCAGAGGCGGCAGUACCGCAUCGGCCUCAACCUGUUCAACAAGAAGCCAGAAAAAGGGAUCCAGUACCUGAUAGAGAGAGGCUUUGUGUCGGACACGCCGGUGGGGAUCGCUCGCUUCAUCCUUGAGAGGAAGGGCCUCAGCAGACAGAUGAUUGGGGAGUUCCUAGGCAACCGGCAGAAACAGUUCAACAAGGAUGUUUUGGACUGUGUGGUGGAUGAGAUGGACUUCUCCGGUAUGGACUUGGACGAUGCCCUGAGGAAGUUCCAGGCCCAGAUCAAGGUCCAGGGAGAAGCUCAGAAGGUGGAGAGGCUCAUCGAGGCCUUCAGUCAGAGGUACUGUGUGUGUAACCCAACGCUGGUUCGCCAGUUCCAGAACCCGGACACCAUCUUCAUCCUGGCCUUCGCCAUCAUCCUCCUCAACACGGACAUGUACAGCCCCAACGUCAAGGCCGAGAGGAAGAUGAAGAUUGAGGACUUCAUCAAGAAUUUGAGAGGGGUGGACAAUGGUCAAGACAUUCCGAGGGACCUCCUUGUUGGGAUCUACCAGCGCAUUCAGAAGUGGGAGCUGAGGACCAACGAUGACCACGUGUCCCAAGUCCAGGCCGUGGAAAGAGUCAUUGUGCUGUCGCUGCCUCACCGCAGGCUGGUGUGCUGUUGCCAGCUCUACGAGGUGCCUGAUCCUAACAGACCACAGAGGACUGGAGUGCACCAGAGAGAGGUCUUCCUCUUCAACGACCUCCUUGUGGUGACCAAGAUCUUCCAGAAGAAGAAAACCUCAGUGACAUACAGCUUCAGACAAUCAUUUCCUCUGGUGGAGAUGCAAGUGCACAUGUUCCAGAACUCCUAUUACCCCCACGGUAUUCGCCUGACAUCAGCGGUGCUGGGCGGGGAGAGGAAAGUGCUCAUCGUCUUUCUGGCGCCCAGUCAGCAGGACCGUACGCGCUUUGUCAGCGACCUCAGGGAGAGCAUUGCAGAAGUUCAGGAGAUGGAGAAAUAUCGAGUGGAGUCGGAGUUGGAGAAGCAGAAAGGCGCAAUGCGUACUGGGUUGUUGUCGAGCGGUAUGGUGAAGGGGGAAGCGGUGAACGGCUCUCUGGGACGGCCCAGCCUGGAUGACAACUAUUCAGCCGCUGAAGGCCUCAAACGCACGGCCCUCAGCUCAUCUCUCAGGGACCUAUCGGACACAGGGAAACGUGGUCGCAGGAACAGUGUUGGUUCUCUGGACAGUACCAUGGAAGGCUCCAUCAUUAGCAGCCCGCAGCCUCACCAGCGCUACACCGUUCCGGGCGGGGUCCCCGGCUGCUAUGGAACUGAAGACUACCGGCCGCAUCGCCCCAUCCUGAGCCCCGGAUCGGGGGUGGGGGGUGGGCCGGGGCAACAACACACCACUGCUGGGACGGGAGUGGGGGGGGUCCCCAGCAGUGUAGAGAGAUCAGGGGUGGGGGGGGUACCUGGGGGGGGGGUCAGCAGCAACAACAGUGGCUCCUUCCUCGGGUCCCUGUUUGGGAGCAAACGCGCCAAGCCACCGGCGCCCCUCAUACCACCGGGGCCACCUUACCCCGCCCCUGUCCCCCCACCGACUACGGGAGGUCCCCCUCCUCACUCCCCUUCAUCCCUGUGCCAGUUGGACGGGGGGCCUUCCAAGAUCCAGGCCCUACAUGCACAGUACUGUCACACGGCCGUCGUGCAGCCGCCGCCCCCCUACUACCACCACCAUCGCUACCACGUACAAACUGUCCCGUCGCCUAUGCAGGGCGUUCCCACUCAUACUAUACAGAGAAGCCCGCUACCCUGUCGCCCUCCGCUUGGGCCCACGCACGCGCAGCAGCUGGCGCAUCUCUCCCAGCUCUCCCAGCAUGGGCUACCGGGUCGGUACGGCAACAUGGUGGUGGGCUGUCCUCCCCCCCUUUCUCCUCACUCCCAGCCAUCCCCGAGCCCGCAGUUCGGCCUGUACCACGCGCAGCCCAUACACUCUGUCAGAGGGGCCGGCGUCCCUGGCACCAAGCCGCCGCUCACACUGUCUCAUUCCCAGCCGCACCCCCACGCACACUCCCACACCCACCCCGGUCACUCUCAAACCCCGCACCCCGUCCCCCACCCCGUCCACCAGACACACUUUAUCUUCGGCACGCUGCCCCACCACCACCACCACCAACCGUCCACCACCACCAAUGCACAUCCCGCCUCUACCGUCGGCCAGUAUCUGCCCCAGUACCCUCCGCUCUCUUCCAUCCCUCCUCCCCCACCACACUCCCCUUUACCCCCCCCUUCCUCCCCCCUUACCCCUCAUACACCUCUCUCCCCUCACCCCACUCAGCACCCCGGGCCGCCUCAGCAGGGCCCGCAGGGGAUGGGGGCGGGUCCUACCGGCCCCGGGAGCAGCAGUUCCAAGUCCAAAGCUAUCAACCGGAUAAGCACCGUGGUCUGAGCAGGGGGUGGGGCUCCAAGGGUCAGAGGUCGGAGCGGGCAGAGGACACGGGGAGCCGGAGCAGGGCCCGGAGCCGCUCGACGAGGACCGACAGCAGCGGGGCGAGCGAGAAGAGGAAGCGCAGCUUGCUCCGCCUCUGCUAUUUUCACCUCCGCUUCCCGCAUAUGUAAAGCGUUGACCAGUAGCGUAGAAGUUUGUUCACAUGCUCAGACACUGACCCACCGAACCGAGGCCACAAACAUACACGCUGACGUCAGAACACGUUCACAAUCAAUAAAAGCUAUAGCCAUAUAUCUUUAUUUUUAGUUGAAUGUGCAAGAAUUUGGCCCCUUUGACUGUUUCUGCGUUAUGACUUUGUGAGAGGCGAGGCAGUGUUAGAACCAACUCACAUAUAUAAGUAACAAGCCGUUUAUUUAUUGAUGUAAAAAAAAAAAGACUACUAGAAAUAUCGAUUAUGUUUAUUUGGGCGUUUGACAUUGUAAAAAGUUCUUGCAGAUAAUUGCAAAGAAACAAACACAAUCUGCAAUAAUCUCGUUAGCCUCUUAGUGUCUGUCAUUGUUUUCAGAUUUUGCUUAACUGUAAGACUCUUUAUUUUUCUCUAUUUUGAGCCUCAGAUGUGUUGCACUGUCCAAAAGUCUUUCGGCCUGUGCACGUUUUCUGGCUCCAUGGUCUUUUGCUCUACAGUUGUUUUCCUGUUGACAAAAGCCAGCUGGCUUAUUAAUAAAUAACAUUUCGUUUGGGAAGUGGGAAUUAAUUAUAUGAAUAAUAAUCUAUUUGAGUGUUUCUGAAGCUUUUUUGCUGUUGUAUUGAUAUAUGAUACUGUAUAAUACUGCUAUGAGUAUGAUGAAUAUUGUUUGAUAAAUGUUUUGAUCAGUGAUUAAUUAUAUCAGCGAUAUUUGACUGUAGAUGACUAUAAUCAGUUUAUGCACACAUAUUAAUCCCCUCAACUCACGUAAACUGCUUGAGGGAGUUAUCGUAUGUGUAGGGAGAUUAUUUCCAUACUAUAAUGACUGCCAUUUCUUUUUUGGUCGAUAUUAAUACUAAUGGUUUAAACAUUAUGAAUGAGAUUGAGGACCUUUUGGAUGGUGGAACGUUUUCCUUCCUCCCUUUGCGUUGAGUGAGGAGAUUAUUUUUGCAAACAGAACAUGAGCUCUUGGGGAGAAAGAUACUCUAGAAUUUUGUGUAUGGCUCUGUGUAAAGAAAAGGGCUUCAGCCUUGCCAUAGAGUUAUAAAGCUAUGUUCCAUUUAGGAAGCCAUUAUUCCUUCAGAGGUAACUCUUUACAGCCAUUAAAACCAACUUGUUGCGCGUUUUGACACUACGCCUUUAUAAAAACGCACGCUUUUAAAUGCAGUUUUGUGUUUUUGCACACGAUUGAUGUCUUAAGUCAGCAAUGGCCUUCUUAUCCUCCUGCUUCAUCAUUCUUUAAAGAUCUCUGUUUACACUUUUGGACAUUUUCCGGGCCCCUGCUGAAUGGGCUUCUUUUUCAACAUAACCCGCGUGUGGAAUGUAAAAGACAACUUUUCUUUAUCUCAGUACCUCCUGGGUGUGCAGUCUCUUGUGCUUAGAGUCGUUUUUUAACAUGUAACAGUGCAACGAGAUAGGCCGGAAUUAGUGCCAUCGAUUACCGAGCAAAAUGGUGUAUCUUAUUAGGCAAAGGUAUGUGGUUCGAGACUGGUUUGGUAUCUGAAGUUGAUGAAGUUGUUAAUUGAGAUGCAGAAGAAGAAGGCACAUCAAAGACCUCAAGAAAUAAAGUGUAUUGUGACAUUUGGCGAGAAUUAGGAAUGUGAAAUGUAAAUGUUUUUCAGUACUUGUUUGCUCUGCCUAUCGCUUCAAUGGUGUUUUAUUUCUUUUUGCAUGGGUAUAUCUGCACUAAUUGAAUGGAUUGUACUGUAUAAACCUAAAUGUACAUAAUAUAUUAUACAUAUAGGCUUUGUUUUGGGGUAAAUUACUCCUAUUCUGUUUCAGGUGCGUGCAUGUGAGUGCCACUAGGUAUGUAUAUAUGAGCAAAAGACAUGAAAGCAGAUUCAGUAGGCCAAAAUUAAAAUCUAUUUCCAUUUCUCUAAUUCAAAACAGAAGGUUAACUACCAUGAUAAAGGCCUACAAGUGUUAAUAUGUUAGGGUACCUAUUGACACCAAUUUAAAUAUACAAUUUUAGAAUUUUUAUUUGUGAAUGUAUCAAGUGUGUGCUGAAAGAGAUGUGAAUAUUUAUUGCUUAAAUUAAAAAAGCGUCCUUGCAGUGAAA